AUGAAGGCGAUGAACAAUUUGUUGGUAAUGGCGGUCGUAGCGGUUGAGAUUUCGGCAAUAUUUUCAACAGAGCUGGAUGGUUCUUCGAAAUUUGCGAUAGAGUUGAACAAGCUGUUGGCCAGUAAAAUUUCAGACAACUACUGCCAGGACAAAAGGAUAUCUUGCAACAAUGGUCAGAUCAGUGGUAUUAAAUUAAAGGCGGCUAAACUAUCUGCAUUUCCUGUAGGCAUUACAAAAAUCAAAGAUACAUUAGAGAAUUUAACAAUCAUACACACGAAUCUGAAUGGCAAUAUUCCGAAUGAAAUCUAUGAGUUGACUGAAUUGCGACAUUUGGAUCUACAGGGGUGCAAAUUUAGUGGUAGUUUAAGUAAUCAUAUUAGAAAUCUGAAUAAAUUAUCAUAUCUUGACUUAAGUGGAUCAGGUCUAUCUGGUCCAAUACCUGAUGGUCUAUAUUCACUGACUCAAUUGAAAUAUUUAAAUCUACAAGGGAACAGAUUUAGUAACAGUAUAAGUGACAGUAUUAAACAUCUGGACAAAUUAUUAUAUCUUGACUUAAGUGAAUUGAAUCUGUCUGGGUCGAUACCUAGCGGUCUGUAUUCAUUGAGUGGAUUGAGACAUCUAGAUCUGAAAGGGAACACUUUUGAUGAUGAGGGAAACCGAUUUAAUGGCACGUUAAGUGAUGAUAUUAGAAAGCUGAAAAAAUUAUCACAUCUUGACUUAAGUGGACUGGAUCUGUCUGGUGACGUGCCUGAUGGUAUAUAUUCACUGAAUCGAUUGGAAUACCUGGCUUUAGGAUGGAACAACUUUAGUGGGAUUUCAACUGAUGGUAUUAGAAAUCUGAGUAAAUUACGGCAUCUUGACUUAGGUAACUUGGGUCUAUCUGGGUCGAUACCUGAUAGCCUCUAUUCACUGACUGAAUUGCAAAAUUUGGAUUUAGGAUGGAACAAAUUUACUGGUGUUUUAGAUGAUAAUAUCAAAAAUCUGAGUAAUUUAUUAUAUCUUGAAUUAGUUGGAUCAAAUCUGUCUGGACCGAUACCUGAUGGCCUCUAUUCAUUGACUAAAUUGCAGUAUCUGAAUUUAGGAUGGAACAAAUUUAGUGGUAGUUUAAGUGAUAAAAUUAAAAAUCUAAAUCAAUUAUGGAAUCUUGAAUUAAAUGGAUCAAAUUUGUCUGGACCGAUACCUGAUGGUCUAUAUUCACUGACUAAAUUGCAAUAUUUAAGUCUAGAAGGGAACAAAUUUAGUGGUAGCUUAAGUGAUAAAAUUAAAAAUCUAAAUCAAUUAUGGAGUAUUGACUUAAGUGGAUCAAAUCUGUCUGGACCGAUACCUGACGGUCUAUAUUCAUUGACUGAAUUGGAAUACCUGGAUUUGAAAGGUAACAAAUUUAACGGUAGUUUAAGUGAUGAUAUUGGAAACCUGAGUAAAUUAACACAUCUUGACUUAAGCAAGUCAAAAUUGUCUGGAUCGAUACCUGAUAGUUUAUAUUCACUGACUCAAUUGGAAUAUCUGGAUUUGAAAGGGAAUAAAUUUAGUGGUAGUUUAAGUAAUAAUAUUAUGAAUCUGUAUCAACUAUAUCAUCUUGACUUAAGUGGAUCAGGUCUAUCUGGUCCAAUACCUGAUAGUCUAUAUUCACUGCAUAGAUUGCAAUAUUUAAGUCUACAAGGGAACAAAUUUAAUGGUAGUUUAAGUGAUAAUAUCGGAAAUCUGCAUCAAUUAUAUUAUCUUGACUUAGGUAACUUAAGUCUAUCUCGAUCGAUACCUAAUAGUCUCUAUUCACUGACUCAAUUGGAAUACCUGAGUCUGCAAGGGAACAUGUUUAUUGGUAGUUUAAGUGAUAAUAUCGGAAAUCUGAAUCAAUUAUCACAUCUUGACUUAAGUAUCUUAAGUCUAUUUGGACCGAUACCUGAUAGUUUAUAUUCACUGACUCAAUUGGAAUAUCUGGAUCUACAAGAGAACGAAUUUAUUGGUAGUUUAUCGCCUAAGAUUGGUGACCUGACUAAGCUGACUAGUCUGAAUGUGAGCUUUAAUCAAUUGAGCGGGACUAUACCAAAUGAAAUCAGUAAUUUGACUAAUCUCAAAGCCUUGGAAAUGAGACAUAAUCAGUUUGAAGGUAACAUUCCUGACAUGGGUCGUCUGAAAUAUUUAAUGAAUGUAAAAAUUAGCUCAACAACACACAGACUGAAUGCGAAUUGUGAUAAUAAGAUGUUGCCUCCAUACAUUAGUAAGCAUAGAUGCCUGAUUAGACCUGUGAAUAAACUGUGCGACAGUAGCAUUAUAUUAUGUGAAUACAGCGAUGAGAUCAUAUCAUCAGUCAGUUCGAUAUUCUAUACAUAUGUAUUGGAGAUGAUUGUUAUGAUAGUAGUGUCUAGAGCUGGAAUAGAGAUGAUGUCGAAUUAG